GCUCAACUCAACUCAACUUAUCACUUAUCAGCCUUCCUGUUUCCAUUUUAGCUCCAUGCUCUGCCUGGGUUGCCAUUUCCAGAUCUUGCUACAGACAAAACACUUCUCAACCAUAACACUACAAAGUUUCAGAAGAGCUCCUACAAAAAGAAAAAGCCAAGGCAGAAAAGUGAAAUCCAAGCACGAUGUACAGAAAUUUUGAGCAUGCAUCUAACCAGCAGCAGCGACAGCAUAACCAACAAUAUGGAACCUCUAGUUCUAGAUCUCAGUGGUCUGGCAUUACUGAUCCCAUGGUCCCAUACUCAAAACCUCAGCAUUAUGGGCAUAGUGAGAGAACUGGGAUAAUCUUAGAGAUGCAACAAACAUCAAUUUCAGACUCAGGUGAUCAUAAGCAGCAGACUAAUGAAGCUGCAAGAGGCCAAUUAGGUUGUCCUUCCUUCUAUUGUUUCUUCCCAAAAACUUAAUGGUUUGUUAUGGUUCCAUAUAUUGACUACAGGUAAGUUGACUGUAACCCAAUUGCUUGGCUGUAACCUGUUAUCACAACCUGUCUCCAUGUUAUACUUUGCAUGGUGGUCAGGCACGAAAAAGUAUUCUGCAUUAGCAAUGGUUGGAGAGAGAUGCUGACCACUGGUUCAUUUGCUUUUUGAAGUGCAACCUUGUCUUUCCCUUGCAGGGAGAUGGGGGGCUUGGCCAGAGGAAGCUUACAUUACAGUUACAGGCUGUGGAUUCUUAAGAUACUAACAAACGUUAAUCCUUUGGAUUCUUCAUUCAAUCAGCAGAUGGAGAUUCAGGACAAGCUUCUCAACACCCAUCCAUCAAUGCUGCAUCCAUGACCAUGCCUUCAACCUUGAUCGAAUUCGGUGGGCUAACACUUAGCCACCAACCAGACUCCUCCAUCGGCCAUGCAUUUGCAGCUGGUCAUCAUCCUUCUGGAAUGGGGUUAGCAGUUGAAGUGGUGGAGGAACCACCUGUGUAUGUAAACCCAAAGCAGUAUCAUGGCAUCUUAAGGAGAAGGCAGUCUCGUGCCAGAAAAGCCGAGCUGGACAGGAAACUCAGCAAAGCUAGGAAGCCAUAUCUGCACGAAUCGAGGCAUUUACACGCGAUGAGAAGGGAGAGAGGAUGUGGUGGCCGUUUCCUCAGCAGCAACACUAGUAACAAAAACCAGCACCAUCAACAGCAGCAGCAGCAGCAGCAGAAUGAGGGUGGCUCUUCUGGUGCUGCUCAUGACAAGAGUAGCAGCAGCAAGAGCUACCGAUUUCGAAAUUGAAAUAUUUCUCAAUCGAGUUUCGCGUAUCAACCAUCUCGAUCGAACAUAAUGGAGUUGUUUUUGUUCUUGCUUUGGGUUAAGGAGAAUGCGUCCCAUUUGUACUGGUGGUGAUGUAGUCGUUGUAUCUUAAAAGUGUCAUCGUCUGGUGUUUAGACUAUUGUUACUUACAGCAGUCAGCAGUUGAUGAGUUUUUCAUCAGUGUUUAGACUAUAAAACCGAAAGCCUUUCUGUUUUUGGAAGUUUAUAUAUCCAGGCAGGUUGCAGUGCUUGUACAUCAUUUUCUUAGGCUCACUUGAGAGCCAUUGUUAAUGGGGAACUGGUGUAGAAUCUUACGAUGGACCUUAUUGUAUCUUAUUGGACCCUUUAAGUAAUACUUGUU